GACUACGGAGGCUGAGGAAAUCUCCAUGAACCAGGAGAUCAAGAUGCAGGCGGCAGCCUUCAAAAACAAGAAACGGGGGUCCCCAGCCAAUGAAGGUGCAGAUGACCCUGCCUAUGAGAAUAUCACCUUCAAAACCCAGCACCAGCCAAAAGGCAGUCACUCACCACCCAAGAACAAGGCCCAGUCCAAGCCAGCCUCCAACCCUGCCCAGGUCCCGCAUUGGUUGCCUAGAGCCACGAUGAGCCUAUAUGUUCUCCUCGCUCUGUCCUGCGUCGUCCUCUUAGCCUUUGUCCUGGUGAAGAAUUCCAAGAUGUCCCAGGAGCUGCUGGUCUUGAGAACGGAGCUCCAGAAGGUCUCUCUUUUGGUGGGAGAGUGCCACGACGAGGAGAAGAAGCGCUGGAACGAUGUCAAGCAGGGCAUUGACACGCUCAAGAGCAAGGUCCAUGAAGGGAACCAGAAACUGAAGACGCUGGCGACAGCCUCAGACAUGAACCAAAUCAGGACUACAUUACAGAAAAUCCUCCAGACGCUGAAGAUGCUAAAUCCAAAUCCCACACCUCAAUAAAAGAAAAGACAUCAGAGCCCUGGCUACACCUCGGAGGACAAGAUAGCACCUCUCAGUGAAGAUGGAAAAUAGGGCUCCCAGCCUGGUCUGAAGCUGCGCUUUAUCCCACGUGUAGAAAAUCAUGUGUCUUGGUGAAUGUGUUGUGGAGUUGCGUGUGUGCCUAUGUGCUCAUGUGUCGGGGUAAGCACUUCAUGGAGGGUGGGUAUUUCAGCGUUUCCCACAGGAAGGUGUUAUGGGUGAAUGUUGAAGGUGGGAGUCACAGCGAGUAUGGUGUGCACCCCUAUGUCACUGUACAUGUGAUGCACACGUGUAUUGCGGCGUGUUGUGAGUGUAAUGCAUGUCACCGUGGGUGGCUGUGGCGAUCACAGAAGUGUGUCACUGUGGGUGUGGGUGUUGGUGACACGUGUUACACGUGCCCAUUUCAGCGUAAACACAUGUGUGUCCUGAGGGAUGUUGUGUGAUGGAGGCAUGAGUGGGUGGGGUGGGCACACCAUGGGAAUGUAUCACUGUAAUUGUGGGUGUGUGCCCUGUCACACCCACCUGUCAUGCUGUGCCGGCCUGAACAGGUGUGUGUCAACACGAGUGUGCCUGAUUAUGCCACUGAGGGUGUUCAGAGCGUGGACCCGCAUGUGUCCAUUUGUUUCUGCACUCACAUUCUGUGAUUCAUGAUGAUAAAGGCCAAGGGGAAACAACGCGGCUUUCAGAUCUGUUAUUGGUGUGGCUGGGGAGCUUUGGAACCUGGUAGGGAGGGUCUGUAAGUGUUCAGACUCGG